AUGGUUUCUCCCGUUCUUGCGAAGUACUUCCCUCGCGCCGACCACGUCGGCUCACUCCUCCGCCCCCAGGAGCUGGUCGAAAAACGGAUUGCUUUUCACAGCGGCCAGUGUACAGCGGAGGACCUCAAGGCAGUCGAGGACGAGGCUGUGCCUCAGAUUGUCAAAUUGCAGAAGGAUCUUGGCCUGACCGUCCUCACGGACGGAGAGGUGCGCAGAGCGGUUUACAACCACGGCAUGUUUGAGCAAGUCGAAGGAAUGACUGUCAUUCCGGAUCGUCCGUUUUCGGAGUAUGUGCCCUACCUACCCUACGUGCAAUUGUUUUCAUCCAUGGGCAUCAAAGGUUUUACGUCAACCAAGACCACGGGAAAGCUGCGUCGGACCAAGCCUGUGCACGUACACGAGUUUUUGUCGCUGAAGCAGCAUGUGUCUCCGGAGGAUGUGUCUAAACUCAAGAUUACAAUGUGUUCGCCAACGUGGAUGCACUUGCGACAUGGCUCGGAGCAUACCUAUGAUCACGCAGUCUACAAAGACGACGCCGAAUACUUUGCAGACCUUGUGAAAGUCUUCCGCGAGGAAGUCCAGGACCUGUACGAUCAUGGUUGCCGGCGCAUUCAAUUUGACGAUCCCGGUUUUGCAUUUUACUGCUCGAAUGUGUUGAUCUCUGGGAUGGAAGCUGCCGGCGUGGACCGAGAGAAGCUGCUGGAUACGCAUAUCGACGUAUACAACCAGAUCACGGCCGGCAGACCGGCGGACCUUGUUAUUGGGGUGCAUACUUGUCGCGGGAACAUGAAGGGCAUGCAUUUCUCUGAAGGCAGUUAUGAUCACGUAGCACAACAGUUCCUAACGAAAUUGGACGUAGACGUCUUUUAUCUUGAGUAUGAUACCGACCGUGCGGGUGGGCUAGAACCCCUACGAUACCUUCCUCUGGGAAAGCACGUCGUUCUUGGCCUUGUCACUACCAAGAGUGGGGCGCUUGAGGACAUUGAGACAGUGAAGGGGCGUGUCCGUCGCGCCGCUGAGAUCAUCUCUGAGGGGCAACCACGGCGGUCGUACGAGCAGGCACUUGGGCAGAUUUCCAUUAGUCCGCAGUGCGGAUUUGCGUCGGUGUUUGAGGGAAAUCCUAUCACUGAGGAGGACGAGAAGAAGAAGCUGGCGUUGGUGGUCGCCGCGGCGCGGGAGCUGUGGGGCUAAGGGUGUUGUGGGCCGCAACCGGAUGAUAUCACAGCUGUGCAAGCGCGCGCAG